AUGAACAUAAAACAAACGUAUCCUACGAAGCAGCUACGAACAAGAACUCGUAUCUUAUGGCGCUUGAAAAUAAACAGGAAACGACCUAGUUAUUUAUCUACUUCCACCUUACGCUCCUCGGGAAAAUAUAAACUGACCAUUUGGCAUUCUGCGUCGACACGGAGGUCACACUUUGUCACAUCCGAACAGGGCGACAGCGACAACAAUGUGUUCGACUUGCUUCCUCCUCUCACUUCGAUGACCCUUUUUGUCCCAUUAGCCAGCUCUGGCUCGGGAACUCAGCCGCCAUCGUCGCCGGCGUUCCUUAAGACAUCGCCGACGCCCACAGUCCACCUCGAACGGAUUACAAAAGCUAUCUUGAAGGCAAGGAGAAUCGUAGUGGUUUGUGGCGCUGGGAUCUCCGUUCAGGCCGGCAUACCCGACUUUAGAUCUCCCGAGGGGCUAUUUCAGACUUUGAAGAGAGAGAAUCCCAAGGAAGUGCUUUCCUCAGGCAAAGAUCUCUUUGAUGCAUCGGUUUUUCAAUCUGAAAACACGACCUCUCUGUUCUACCAAAUGAUUGCCCGUCUUUCCGAGCUCUCAACUGCUGCCAGCCCAACACAAUUCCACAAGCUAUUGCACGCACUGGAAACUCGGGGCCGCCUACUCCGCGUAUAUACACAGAACAUCGACGCCAUCGAGGAAAAGUCGGGUUUGACUUUCGGAAUUCCCCCCUUUCAAGAGAAGAGACAGAAAUCUCGGACCCCAAAGCCAGCUCCCGACACAGAACUGGCCUUUCCUGACAAUGUUGCGUCCUCUAGUCGUCUUCCGACCCCUUCUGGAGAGACAACGCCUCGUUGUAUCCCCCUUCAUGGCACCCUACAAACUGUGCACUGCCAGAUUUGCAAUCACUCCUUCGCGCUGGCUGAUCAUCUUCCUGCUUUUGCUAUCGGGACUCCCCCCGCUUGUCCGGAAUGCAUAUCCAUGGACGAGACGCGUCAACUUGUGGGAAAGCGCUCUCGUGGAAUUGGCCGUCUUCGGCCGUCAGUGGUCUUGUACAACGAAGAACACAAAGACGGCGAGGGAGUUGGUUUUGUUGUUCAACGCGACUUGAUGGGUCUUUCCAAAGGCAAAGGCCGAAGCGGAGCUGAUUUACUGCUUGUUGUGGGCACAAGUUUGCGUGUGCCUGGCACAAAGAGAAUGGUCCGCGAAUUUGCUAAAGCUGUUCGAUCCAGAGGGAAAGACAAUGUUGGAGGGUCCAACAGCCCUAGCCCGACUCCUCAGGCUGGCGAAGAAGAUCAACCACUCAAAGCCCUUUAUCUAAACCUUGACUUCCCGGUUCCCACGCGCGAGUGGGAAGGUGUCUUCGAUGCAUGGAUACAAGGGGACGCCCAAGUCUUCGCUGAGAUCCUACAGGCAGGGAUUGACAAGGAGACCAAAGCAAAAGAAGCUGCGGUAGAGAGAAAACGACGGAAAGAAGAGCAAUCUGAGGAGUUGGCGGUGUGCCAGACACCCAAGAAACGCAAGACCACGUCACCUUCCAAAUCCCAUUGCAGUCCGAAGCGUCGGAAAACAACUGAUCCACCUACGACACCGAUAAAGUUGCUGUUGAAAGUACCACCUGCGACUAUGAUAAAGUAUGUCCCCGAAGUGGUCAUUCCUUGUCCUCCUCGCCCAUCAAUACCUUCACCCUCGAAGUCGCCAACGCGUUCGUGUAAAACGUCAUCAUCUUCGAAGAUCAAGUCUUCUCCGGUGCGAGUGCGGGCCAAACCUCCGAGCAAAUCACAAGUCGCUCCCAAAUCUUCUAGCGAUAGCGAUUUCCCUCCUCUUGUGCGCGGAUUGCAAUACGGCUUGCGGUCGCGCCCCUCUUCUCGGACUAGCUGA